AUGAAAAGACUGGCUCAGAAUGUCUUGGAUACCGAUGCAUCGCUGUCGAGAGCUGAGGAUACUUUCUUUAUCUAUCCAUUUGACAAGUAUAGCAUAAGACAUUUUGGUAGAACGUUACUGAAGAGUUUUACCAAGUCUUUAGCUGCACGAGUUGAUGAAGUUCAUAUUUUCCAUUUUGACACUGCUCCUGAAGUUUUCCUGUCAGGAUUUGAUGAUACAACUAAGCGGAAACUUCACAGCCAUGAUGGUUGGUCAGACUCUCUGAUGUGGACGAGAAAUACUAAACCUUCCAAUGCGAAUGGUAAACUCUACUUCACAGAAUCGCUUGACCUUGUCACUCAAAUAAGUAAUGCCAAGCAGGAGAAUAGCGUAAAGAUAGCCGUUAUUAUAGACUCGUUAACGCCAGUUCUUAUUCAUAAAUAUCUGAGUUUUGUCUCAAAAGCUUUACAUCACUUGUGCAAUGAUACUGGAGAUUUUACGGUCACGCAGUUAGUUUGUCUAUUACACAAUGAUGUACACGAAGAACACACAGUAGACAUGAUCAGACACUCGGCAACGAGUUGUUUGACUUUAUCACCAAACGCAUCUAUUGCGUCACUGUAUGACGAACCGUACGGAAUGUGUAACUUGGUGCAUAAAAAGCUGAGCGGCAAGGUGAUUACAAAGUAUGAAGGCUACAGCGUGGUUGAUGAUCUACGGUUCAUCUCCUUUGAUUUAUCUAAAUUACCAACCACAGCGAUGGAAGAAAGUCCAACUGAAACAAUAAAUCCCACAGAAAAUUUGACUUUCAAUCUCAACCUGUCGGCAAAGGAAAGACAGGCUAAAAACAACAUAGUGUUGCCAUAUACUAUUCAGGAUGCACAGAAAGCUUCUCAUUUAAGAGGUGGUGCUGGUCAGAUAUUCUACCAACCAGACGAGGCAGAUGACUACGACGAUGAGGAUCCGGACGAUGACCUAGAUAUCUAGUGGCGAAACAAACCUUUUUUUUUACUUUGUAUAAUUUAUAUUGCUGUUGAUGUAUAUGUUUGUCUCUUUGUGUUGUAGGCAUGUGUCUAUGCUUUUCAUUAUGAGUAUGGUUUUCAGGUACCCAGAAUGCAUAGCAGGUUCAAGCAGUGUUGACUUAUAUUACUGUAAAGCGAUUUUUGCUGUUGAGAUUUUUCAAGAUAUCAUUUUUCAAGAGAUAUCAUUUUCCAGGGAUUGCAUUUAGUGUAUUCAGUUCCAAUGAACAUUGAAGAGGAAUCUACAAUUAAUUAUGUUUUCUUCAUCACAAAUUAUCAAAAAAAUUGAUGCAACUGUCUUUGGGAUCUGAGUACAAUUCAGAGAUGAGAAUUUCAAGUGGAUCCGCGGAAUUCCACAGAUUCCUAAGCCAUAGUUUUCUGAAACGUCUAAAUUCAAGGAAUGUUUUUUAGGGAGGGGCAAUAAGUAUCUUGUUUAUUCACUCGAAGUAAACACGUUGUCGGGUCAUUGUAGUCGGCUGCAAGAGGCCUGUAUCAGUGUAUGGUCGAAGCCAAUACACCAACGAAGCCAAUACACCACCAUUUUAUUGUUUCAAUUGUUAGCGUCGCUGGAUCGUUGUUUACAAGUUUCAUGCUGCGAUAAUGGUGAAAUUGGUUACAAAAGACAACGAGUCAGCCGUGCAAGAUAUCGAUAAAGACAUUAGGAACAAAUUUUGUUGGGCAUUGCUUGACAAGGAAGUGACUUUGACCGUGUGAAUUGGGAAGAAAGAUGAAGUGGUAACUGGUUACCCCAGCUACUUUACUUUCAGCUGACAAUUAAAAUCUCAUUCUCAUCCCUGACAAUUGUCAAUGCUACAAAAAUUAUCAUUGACUCUUGAAUUUAAAGCGGUUUACAAUAUUUUAUAAAAAUGCAGUGGUAAGAUCUAUUCUUUUUUGUCAGUGUUUUAGAUUUAAAACAGAAACUUCUUGGUUUAUGUAUACGUUUAUUAUCUCUGAUAGCUCAAUUUUUUCUAGAUUGGCCCAAUUUGGGUAAUCUUUUUUAUUAUGUUGAUAACCAUUACAUUUCCAUGCAUGCCACACCCAAUGAUAAAACUAUGAUAAUAGAUUUCAAUGUGUAAUUAUGCAAAUACAUGUGGUGUCGAUUACAUCGACCUUUGACCUCUGUAUAGGGCAUCAACCCUUUGAACUCAAAUUCAACUCUUGUCACCUUUUGCGCAAUAAAUCGGCAUCUUGUUUUGCUCCAUUUUUUUUU